AUGUGGUUUCAUGGCCAAAACCCGUCGGCUAGGUCUCUUCUAAUCGUCGUCUCGGUGCUGGCACUCGGCUGUACCUCAACUUCGAGCCAGGUAUCUAGCUCAAUCGACGCCUCACCCACAAACACUCAGAUCGCCUUUUGUCAGUUCAAGACGAUCAAUUACAUCACGCACACACUUCCUCAACAGUGUCUCAAGACCAGUUGGCCAGGCGGCAGGGCUGUCAGCGAUGGUCCAACUCCGAUGAACGACAACGCAAGCUUACCUCCCGACGAUCCAACGAAAAUUACACAUAGUGCUGGGGAUACCGUGGUCGCGACCACCAACGUCUCGACACUCGACCGGACAAGCAACGAUAACACAAAUCCGUCUCCUACCGAGACCGCAACCGAUGAUGAAGUCACACCGAGGCCUUUCAUGUCCUUUGAGGAAUGGAAGGAAAUGAUGCUCCGAAAGGCAGGUCAAGACCCCUCGGAACUCAAAUCCCGGAAAACAGUCGAGCGAGCGACCGAGCAGGAUAGAGCAACCAGAAGUUCAGGUCUUGAUAGUCUCGGUAUUGACGAUGGGGAGAUCGACUUGAACUUCGAUGUUGUUUCUGAGAAAAUCAGCAACAUUGCAUCAGCACCCCAGGCCAUUCCGACAGAAGUGGCAUCUCCCGACCAACAGCAAGAGCCUGUACUUUAUGACGAUGGCAGGACGCAAUACUACCGGAGUAAGGACGCUGGAAAGACCUGCAAGGAAAGGUUCUCCUACUCGUCAUUUGAUGCUGGCGCAACAGUUCUCAAGACCAACAAAGGCGCGAAGAAUGCCAAGGCCAUCUUGGUUGAAAACAAGGAUUCAUACAUGUUACUGGAAUGCUCUGCAGGAAACAAGUUCGUAAUUGUUGAGCUCAGUGACGAUAUUCUAGUCGACACCGUUGUGCUGGCCAACUUUGAGUUCUUUUCCAGCAUGGUACGGCACUUCCGGGUUAGUGUGAGUGACAGGUAUCCUGUGAAGGUUGAUAAGUGGAAAGAUUUGGGGACAUUCGAAGCCAAGAAUUCUCGGGACAUCCAGCCCUUCCUCGUUCAAAAUCCCCUGAUCUGGGCUAAAUACGUCAGGAUAGAGUUCCUAACUCACUAUGGCAAUGAGUUCUAUUGUCCAGUCUCGUUAUUGCGUGUGCAUGGCACACGAAUGUUGGAGUCAUGGAAGGACCAAGAGACGCAGACCGAUGAAGAAGAGACGGUGGAAGAGCCUGUGGGCGAGCUGCCUAGUUCUGCCACGAACGCUGAGAUUGGAGAGAAUACAACGUUUGCAUCCCCAGAGGGGGGCUCCUUAGAGGUGGCAUCUGACACCUCGCCAGACCUGCUCAUGCCGCGCCACAUCUUUUCGCGUCUGGAUUGGGAUAACUCGACAUGCUCUCCUUUAAUGCUACUGCCGCAUUCAGAGCCAAUUCCAUCGGACCCAGAACUGCAGACUGGAGAUCGUGUAAAGCAAGGCUACCAACCAUCAACACAUGAUCGAUUUCGGGCCGGAGACUCUGCCAAACGUGUCUCUGAGGACAGAUCGGCGUUUGCCCCAGCAAACUUGACAGAUCAAGUUGACGAAACAUACAUCUCAUCAUCGGCGAAGUCUGUUCCUGUCGGUGUACACCAAAGCAGCACAUACACCGAAUCGAGGCCAGGAGGAGGAGAAAGUACGACAUUGGGCACAUCCUCAACAAAGACAGCACAGGCCACUGUCCAAUCCCGCAAUAAGCACAACUCAACAGCAGCGCCCUCGUCUCCUACAGUUCAGGAGAGUUUCUUCAAGGCCAUUAGCAAGCGCCUGCAGUACUUAGAGUCAAAUGUCUCACUGUCACUCAAGUACAUCGAGGACCAGUCUCGCUACCUUCAAGAGACCCAGAGAAUGGCCGAGAGGAGGCAGUUGUCUAGAAUAGACAUCUUCCUGGACAGUCUGAACAACACCGUACUGUCAGAACUGCGGACUGUUCGCCAGCAGUAUGAUCAGAUAUGGCAAUCUACUGUCAUUGCGCUGGAGAGUCAGCGAGAGCAGUCACAGAGGGAAACCGUCGCACUCAGCUCUCGGCUCAACAUUCUUGCCGAUGAAGUUGUGUUCCAGAAGAGGAUGGCUAUCGUACAGGCCAUUCUUCUGUUGUCAUGCCUCAUCCUCGUCAUAUUCUCCCGAGCAAUGACACAACCGAUCCUGGCUGGCUCCUUUGAUCUCGGUCGAACAUCGAAUCUGAACCAUGCCGAAUCUGGCAUCAGAUCCGAACAAGUUGCUCAGAACACAUAUACCUCCGUGUAUGACAGUUUUGGCCGGCCGUUUGACGGGGAAGGCCGUGGCGAAAGAGCCUCAACGGAGGGGGGUUCUGGAGCCUUGCAAAACUUGCAGGGCACGCCUGCAAGGCUGCUCACGCCGGCAUCAGAAGAUGGAUACAGUUGCCAAGCCUCAGAGAGCAAUCUGUGUGGCCCUGAUAGGUCUAUGAUGUCGCAAACACACCCAUUUGGUACAUUUACUGACAAUGACUCCACUGGGGAUUGCCAUGACUCAUCCGUGGAUUUUGGCGAGCAUCUUCUCCUUGAGGCAGCGGCUGGAACAUUAAAUGAUGCGGCACGGCAUGGUUGUGGAAUUUUGCCCCAAAACUCACUUCGUUCAACUAGAGUUCUUCUAGACCCCCCGCCACUGGAGAGCGACGCUGAGGCUCGUUUAGCAAAUCAACCUCUUGGGGUCGUCUCAUCUACGGUUCGCAAACCACUACCAGCUUUACCAGAGUGA